AUGUCGUUGCCGUCAGCCAUCAUGACCACGCCUGGCGUCUUUGGCCCCGGCCCCGUCACCUUCACCUUCACAGCUAGCGGUUACAGACUCGCUGGCCUGCAGCCACUCGGACGCACAGAGUCGCAGCUGUCUGACACUUCGACCGUCUCAUCCGACGAUGUCCGCCGUGCGCUCCACUGCAAGGUGAGGCAAGCACAAUGACUUGCGCGUGACUUAUUUUAUAGUGAGUGUGGACUUACGCUGUAUCUUACACAUUCUCUCCUCCUCCCCCACCUAGACGCGGUGUCAAGACAGGGUCAGGAAGACCGGAGGCGUGGGGGGGGGGAGGGCGCAGGUGGGUGGCGCGGCCGAACUCGCAUGUUGGUGCUCCACUACACCCCCUGGUCCCCACAGCAACUGACCAGGAUGUUAACCAACAAAAAAACAACACCACGAAGGGUCAGAAGGAGGAGGAUGACUAGGCGGCCAUGCUCACGGCCUGUAUACCUAGCGAAUCACAAGCGUAUCUACCGGCAGGGAACCAGGCCUUGGAGAACUUCCAGCGCCCAGUAGGCUGAGAGGGCCAUAGCUUGCUGAUCAUGGUAUAGCAGACGCUUAGAGACCUUUAGGUCCAAAUAAAAAUAUGGAGCUCUUCAUGAUUUUGCGUGUCAUCCUUACGCAGGGGCCAUGCUAAUCUUGUCUGUAUCGUCCGAAUUUUAGUAUAUGUACCCCCGAAGCAGCUGCCUGUGCGCCACUUGAACACACCACGCCCCUGGGGACACAACAUAGGUUAAUUAAACACCAUCCAUUGACAGAUACAACAUUAAUUAGACACCACUUCAGCUUGCCCCACAAACCCACAAAAGCGGCUGCCCCCACUGUCUCACUUACUCGAAGACAUAACUGGACACAGACAACACUAGUCCUGGCUUCCCCAGCGGCCACUGCCGCUUGAGGGAACAAUUCAGGGUUCUGUACGCAAUAAACUCUCGUUCUUGUGCCUUCUAUCUUUUCCUACAACUCGGGAUUUGGCUUGAUGAUUGUAGUGCCCUGAGUAUACUAUCGUGGCUCAGGUGCUACAAUGUUAACAGCUUGCGCUUUCGAAGUCGUGAUUUUUGUGAUUUUGCGUGUCACAGAGACUUGGAGCCUCGGUGAACAAUGUCCCGGGGCUGACAACAAGUGUGCGUAACCAUUUUCUGAUAACAGUAACAGUCAGUAUGCGGAUUCUAGCAACAGUAUGGUAAUUAUUUGUGCCCGAGAUGAGGCUGCAGCAGUCCAUCAGAAAGCGCUCACAACCUGGUUAACGGACAGGCCUUUGCCCAAAGGACCAUAAUGGACACUCGGACGCACACACGCACGCGUUUAUGUGCACAUAGGCGCUUUCACUCAUGCCGAGUGAGAGAGGCGCGCGCGACCGCCUACCCUUGUCCUACUCGCCUGCUUGUUAUUCUGGAGACCUAAUCCUGAAUGUUUCAAAACAUACGCUGACCUAGACUGGCCCAUGUAAUGUGGGUCGGUCACCAGUUUGGGACGCAUUUGGAUUAACAGAAGCAGAUCGCGUGUAUGCGCAUAUACCCUUUACCGCGCCUAUUAGGGCCAACCAAAUGAGGGAGAGAGAGAGAGGAUUUCGCUUAAUUUCGAAAUUGUAAAUCCAAAAUUUUCAACAGAAAUGGCCCCAUUCACUGUGAACAGAAAAUAAGUUAAUAAAUUAACUCAAGAGUCAAAAGUUUUACACAAACGGGGAGGGCUAUUAUGGGAACAGUCCAAGCCAUAGUUUCUGCAUUUCUAUCUCUUCACACGUAAGAUAGCGUUCCAGGAAUGGCAAUACUGAAUGUUCACAAGAGAUAAAUCGAAGACCACGAUGCAUGGGAUAGGAAGACUUCGCGGAGAUUAAUUCAGAAUGCGAGAGAUGGGCAACGUCAUCCACAAUUCGACCAGCAAAUUGCUUGACCGAUGUGAAACACCGUUGUAGGAUAAUAUCCACUAAAGAGAGAUAAGAAACGCCGGCAGCAGAAGAGAGCAUUCGGAGGACUCGUUUUAAAAUUAGCAGAUGUUUUGGAGCAAAGCCGAAAAAAUGACAGGAGAACAAUAAAGAAUAAGAGGAAGAAUGCAGACAUCUACGAAUCGCCAGAUCAAGGGUUGAGGCCUGUGGUUGGGACGUAAACGACGAAUGCAAUAAAGAAGUUUGCAAACUUUAGUAAAAAGGGACUCAAUAUAGAGGAAAAAUGAAACAUUUGAUGACAAAGUAACACCAAGCUACCUGAAUGAGGAUACCUCUUGGGAAGGAUGUCCAAGGAGUCAGAACUAGGAGAGGGCCGCUGUCGGAAAAUACACUGAACUGAUUUUGGAUUGUUCAUUAGAAGACCAUUUUCCUGCGACCAUACUUAGACAUGGUCAAGGUCAUCCUGCAGAAACUGGGAAUGUUUCCGAUUUCUGCGAGAGUAUCCAACAACCACAUCAUCAGCAUACUAAGCCAAUAACCAGUACUUUGAAUAUCUUAGAUCAUCAGUGCAGAUGGAGAAGAGGUGAGAGGACAAAAUGGAACCUUGAAGAACUCCACAGUCAUUGGAAAGGGCCGUGGAUUUCUGCCUAUCGAACCGGACGACUUUAGUGUGGGAAGUAGAAUAAUCGUCAAGCCAAGAUACAACCCAGCCUAGAGAGCCGCACGCGGAUGUCCUGGUAAGUAGAAGGGGACGCGGGAUGGUACUGAAGGCGGAGGAGUAGUCAAGAAAAGCACAAGCGCUUAAGCGGCACAAGAGUAACAGCAUCUAAGGCACUAGGUUUGGCUGUGUAUGCAAAUUGUAAAACUGAAACAGAAUGGCUUUGUAAUAUUCAGGGCAACUCGUUCAGCAAGCUUUAGUAGUGCGAGAGAAUUACGCAAAUUUUGAAGCGCUGGGUCUAACACUUCAUAAGUAUCCUAAACCGCCCAUCCACGAUCUCCGACACCGCCAUCGAUCGGCUCCUUCAGAUGGAAACGAACGGCGACCUGGAUCUCCCGCCUUCACUCAUAGAAGCCAUCAGAGUCGUGCAACAGCUCUCCAGCUAGGAAGCACUGAAAUCGGAUGCAGUACCAGCUGAAGGUUACAAGCAUGCCGGCACCCGGCAGACAGGCAGUUUUGCAACGAUAGUUCAGGAGGCGUGGCGCCGAAAACAAGUUCCCCCGAAUUUCAAGGAUGCCACCGUCGUCUAUCUCCACAAACGGAAAGGCAACCAGCAAAUCUAUUAUAAUCACAGGAAAUCUCGCUAUUCAAAAUUGCCAGAAGGAUCUUCUCCCGCAUCCUUCUCGAACGCCUCGAAGGCCAUCUGAAAUACAGGCUUCUCUCGAAAAACCGGUGUGACUUCGGACGACACUGCGGAAUCACUGACAUGGUUUUCUCCGCCGUCGCCAACUGCAGGAGAAGCAGCAGAAAGUGCACACAAACCUCUACACUAGCUUUGUGGGACUGAUCAAAGCCAUCGACAGGGUGAAUUGCGAUUGUCUGUGAAAAAUCAUGUGGAAAUACGGUUGUCCUGAACGAUUCAUGUACAGGUGGGCUAACUCGGGAAAUGUCAGCCUAAAUUCCGAAAUGCGUUUUCGUCUCGAAAAGAUUGAUUAAUUAGGGUUGUAAAACCAAGCAUCGUGCAGCAUAAUUCUAUGACAAUUCAGUCACCCUAGGACGCCGGCUUUCGAACUAACUUCCUUACGGCUGCACGAAAAAAACUAUACUCUGUAAAAAAAUGACUACUUAAGUAGAAUGCAUUUUUCAAUCAUUUUUGGUGCCCUUAAAGAAUCAGACAUAUUUCCUGGAAAACAUGCAUAAAAAUAUUCAUUCUUUUGCUCAUUUGGUAGAAAAUUACGUUUUCUUGCAAUAUUACGCUCGAAGGGGGGUGGUAUAAUCUGGUUUCAUAGAACUUCCAAUUCCCGUAUAAUUUUGAAUCCGACUUGCCGUUACACUUGCAUUCAGGGAUUCCUAAACUACAAGCCGUAUAAUUUCCGCGUACGAAAAACCAUACAUUUCUCUACGGUACUAAAUGGGAACCAUAUGGGGUUCAUAAAAUAUAGCAGUGGAUUAGAGCAAUACCGUUAACUUUACAAGCCACAUUGGUAAAUGCAGAGACAUGACGUUUUAUGAACGGCUAUUUCACUGUAUUAAAAAAUCUCACAGUUAGAAACUUUUUAAAAUCGACUUAAACCCUUCCUUCGAAUAAAAAAUUGGAAUAGAACGUCAUUUUACACCAAAUCAGCGGAGAAUGAAUAUUUCUAUGCAUGUUUUCCAUGAAAUAGAAUUGGAUUUUUAAGGGCGCCGAAAAUCAACGAAAAAAAAUCACGCUACAUGAGUAGUAAUUUUUUUCAGAGUGUGGUUUUUGCAUGCAGCCGGAAAGAAGUUCGUUCAAAAGCCGACAUUUUGAGGUAGGUGGAAUAUUAUAGAAUUAUGCUGCAAGAUGAUUAGUUUUACGAACUUACUUAAUUAAUCUCAUUGAGACGAGAGCGCAUUUCAGAAUUUUGGUUUACAGUUUAUGAGUUAGCCCACCUACUGUACAUGGCGCCUCAGCUUCACGGCGGGAUGAUGGCGCGCGUCGCAGACAAUGGGACGGUCUCAGACGCAUUCACACUGACCAAAGGAGUGAAGCAGGGCUGCGUCCUCGCUCCCAAUCUCUUAAGUCUCGUGUUCUCUGUCAUGCUGAUUGACGCCUACCGUGAUGAGCGUCGCAGGAUCAGCAUCAUCCGCAAGACCGACGACCACCUUUCCAAUACCCGAUACAGGCUGUUGCCGACGCGUCCAUCCAAGGAUAUUGUCCAGGGCCUGCACUCCGUGGACGACUGA